AUGCUGUUUGUACUGUUUUUCCUUUACACUAUUGUAGAUGAAAUUUCAUCGGCUUUCGCUUCUUCAUCAUCCUCAUCUACUUCAUCAUUGUCAUCGUUAUCAAAUAAUAAUCGUAAUCAUCAUAAUAAUAAUUUAAUAUUAGCUACUGGAUCAGCAUGUCCAUCAAAUCCUGGAAUUGCAUGUAGUCAUGAUUAUUUGUCAGUCGAUGCUCGCAUCUCCAAUGUUUAUGAUGGUACAAUUAGCAAUAUACCAAUAAUUCGUUUUUGUUUAAUCAAUAAUUCCACAUUGAAAACAAUCGCUACAAAGACAAAUACAAAAUUAACAGAAAUACAAAUGACCAAUUCAUCAUCAUUAUCUUCUUCUUCUUCUUCAUCUUCAAUCUCCUCUGGAUCAUUUUCAUUUAAUUCAAUAGAUUGUAAUACAUUAUAUCCACCAGAUGAAUCAUGUUUAGUUGGGCAAAUUUAUGGUCCAAUCAGUAAUGUAUACGGUUUACAGUUUACAUCAAAUUUAAAUUUAUUAGAUCCAUAUAUUAUUCAUGGAAAAGGCAUAGUGUUAGAAUAUAUUGAUGAAAUUUCAUCGGCUUUCGCUUCUUCAUCAUCCUCAUCUACUUCAUCAUUGUCAUCGUUAUCAAAUAAUAAUCGUAAUCAUCAUAAUAAUAAUUUAAUAUUAGCUACUGGAUCAGCAUGUCCAUCAAAUCCUGGAAUUGCAUGUAGUCAUGAUUAUUUGUCAGUCGAUGCUCGCAUCUCCAAUGUUUAUGAUGGUACAAUUAGCAAUAUACCAAUAAUUCGUUUUUGUUUAAUCAAUAAUUCCACAUUGAAAACAAUCGCUACAAAGACAAAUACAAAAUUAACAGAAAUACAAAUGACCAAUUCAUCAUCAUUAUCUUCUUCUUCUUCUUCAUCUUCAAUCUCCUCUGGAUCAUUUUCAUUUAAUUCAAUAGAUUGUAAUACAUUAUAUCCACCAGAUGAAUCAUGUUUAGUUGGGCAAAUUUAUGGUCCAAUCAGUAAUGUAUACGGUUUACAGUUUACAUCAAAUUUAAAUUUAUUAGAUCCAUAUAUUAUUCAUGGAAAAGGCAUAGUGUUAGAAUAUAUUGGUAAGCAUUAG